AUGUCAAAGAAGGAUUCGUUGUCUUUGAUAAGAACAAGGACGGACUGAUUACGUCAGAAGAGAUUUGUAACGCAUUCCGUGACAUGGAAAUGCCGAUCUCCAAGGAUGACGCCCUGGUCCUUAUUGAGGAAUUCGAUAUGGAUGGUAGGUCUGUGAAUGGUAGGUCUGUGGCUGGUAGGUCUGUGAAUAGUAGGUCUGUUAAUGGUAGGUCUGUGGAUGGUAGGUCUGUGGCUGGUAGGUCUGUCAAUGGUAGGUCUGUGAAUGGUAGGUCUGUGAAUGGUAGGUCUGUAGCUGGUAGGUCUGUAGUUGGUAGGUCUGUGGAUGGUAGGUCUGUGAAUGGUAGGUCUGUGAAUGGUAGGUCUGUAGCUGAUAGGUCUGUAGCUGGUAGGUCUGUGGAUGGUAGGUCUGUGAAUGGUAGGUCUGUGAAUGGUAGGUCUGUGAAUGGUAGGUCUGUGAAUGGUAGGUCUGUGAAUGGUAGGUCUGUGAAUGGUAGGUCUGUGAAUGGUAGGUCUGUGAAUGGUAUGUCUGUGGCUGGUAGUCUUUGAAUGGUAGGUCUGUGAGUGGUAGGUCUGUGAAUGGUAGGUCUGUGGAUGGUAGGUCUGUGAAUGGUAGGUCUGUGAAUGGUAGGUCUGUGAAUGGUAGGUCUGUGAAUGGUAGGUCUGUGAAUGGUAGGUCUGUGAAUGGUAGGUCUGUAGCUGGUAGGUCUGUAGCUGGUAGGUCUGUAGCUGGUAGGUCUGUAGCUGGUAGGUCUGUGAAUGGUAGGUAUGUGAAUGGUAGGUCUGUGAAUGGUAGGUCUGUAGCUGGUAGGUCUGUAGCUGGUAGGUCUGUAGCUGGUAGGUCUGUGGAUGGUAGGUCUGUGGAUGGUAUGUCUGUGGCUGGUAGUCUGUGAAUGGUAGGUCUGUGUGUGGUAGGUCUGUGAAUGGUAGGUCUGUGGAUGGUAGGUCUGUGGAUGGUAGGUCUGUGAAGGGUUAGUCUGUGGCGUGUUAGUCUGUGGUUGGUAGGUCUGUGGAUGGUAGGUCUGUGAAUGGUAGGUCUGUGGAUGGUAGGUCUGUGGAGGGUUAGAGGGUGGCUGGUAUGUCUGUGGCUGGUAGUCUUUGAAUGGUAGGUCUGUGAGUGGUAGGUCUGUGAAUGGUAGGUCUGUGGAUGGUAGGUCUGUGAAUGGUAGGUCUGUGAAUGGUAGGUCUGUGAAUGGUAGGUCUGUGAAUGGUAGGUCUGUGAAUGGUAGGUCUGUGGAGGGUAGGUCUGUGGCUGGUAGGUCUGUGAAUGGUAGGUCUGUGGAUGGUAGGUGUGGGGGUGGUAAGUCUGUGGAUGGUAAGUCUGUUGAUGGGAAGUAUUUGGAUGGGAGGUGUGGGGAAGGUAAUUAAGUGGGUGGUAAUUCUGUGGGUGGUAAGUCUGUAGUUGAUAAGACUGUGGGUGGUAAGUCUGUUGAUAGGAAGUAUUUUGAUGGUAGGUGUGGGGAAGGUAAUUCUGUGGGUGGUAAUUCGGUGGGUGGUAAGUCUGUGGUUGAUAAGUCUGUGGGUGGUAAUUCUGUAGAUGGUAAGACUGUGGAUGGUUAGUCUGUGGAGUUUGUGUGGUGUUGGUGUGCUCAUUAUUUUUUUUUACACAGCGUGCUAUAACGAGGCUCUGUGAGGUCACUAACUUAAACUAAAUGCGCCGAUAAUUAAAUUGGGAGAUGUGGCCUUUCAUGGAGCUACAAGCGGGACAUAUGGCACUACAGGGAGCAUAAAGUGGGACUAAGGCCCUCCAGGGAGCUACAAGUGGGAUAUAUGGCACUACAGGGAGCAUAAAGUAUGACUAAGGCCGUCCAGGGAGCUACAAGUGGGAUAUAUGGCACUACAGGGAGCAUAAAUGGGACUAAGGCCGUCCAGGGAGCUACAAGUGGGAUAUAUGGCACUACAGGGAGCAUAAAAUGGGACCUUUGGCUCUCCAGGGAGCUACAAGUGGGAUAUAUGGCACUACAGGGAGCAUAAAGUGGGACUAAGGCCCUCCAGGGAGCUACAAGUGGGAUAUAUGGCACUACAGGGAGCAUAAAGUGGGACUAAGGCCCUCCAGGGAGCUACAAGUGGGAUAUAUGGUACUACAGGGAGCAUAAAGUGGGACUAAGGCCCUCCAGGGAGCUACUAGUGGGAUAUAUGGCACUACAGGGAGCAUGAAGUGGAACUAAGGCCGUCCAGGGAGCUACAAGUGGGAUAUAUGGUACUACAGGGAGCAUAAAGUGGGACUAAGGCCCUCCAGGGAGCUACUAGUGGGAUAUAUGGUACUACAGGGAGCAUAAAGUGGGACUAAGGCCCUCCAGGGAGCUACAAGUGGGAUAUAUGGUACUACAGGGAGCAUAAAGUGGGACUAAGGCCGUCCAGGGAGCUACAAGUGGGAUAUAUGGUACUACAGGGAGCAUAAAGUGGGACUAAGGCCCUCCAGGGAGCUACAAGUGGGAUAUAUGGCACUACAGGGAGCAUGAAGUGGGACUAAGGCCGUCCAGGGAGCUACAAGUGGGAUUUAUAGCACUACAAUGAGCAUAAAGUGGGACUAAGGCCCUCCAGGGAGCUACAAGUGGGAUAUAUAGCACUACAGGGAGCAUAAAGUGGGACUAAGACCCUCCAGGGAGCUACAAGUGGGAUAUAUAGCACUACAGGGAGCAUAAAGUGGGACUAAGGCCUCCAGGGAGCUACAAGUGGGAUAUAUAGCACUACAGAGAGCAUAAAGUGGGACUAAGGCCGUCCAGGGAGCUACAAGUGGGAUAUAUGGCACUACAGGGAGCAUAAAGUGGAACUAAGGCCGUCCAGGGAGCUACAAGUGGGAUAUAAGGCACUACAGGGAGCAUAAAGUGGGACUAAGGCCGUCCAGGGAGCUACAAGUGGGAUAUAUGGCACUACAGGGAGCAUAAAGUGGGACUAAGGCCGUCCAGGGAGCUACAAGUGGGAUAUAUGGCACUACAGGGAGCAUAAAGUAUGACUAAGGCCGUCCAGGGAGCUACAAGUGGGAUAUAAGGCACUACAGGGAGCAUAAAGUGGGACCUUUGGCCCUCCAGUGAGCUACAAGUGGGAUAUAAGGCACUACAGGGAGCAUAAAGUGGGACCUUUGGCCCUCCAGGGAGCUACAAGUGGUAUAUAUGGCCCUCCAGGGAGCUACAAGUGGGAUAAAUGGCACUAAAGGGAAUUAAAAUAAGUAAAUUUCGGGAACUAAUCAAAGGAAAAAAAUAUAAUUUUUAAAUAAACCAACCACAUUUUUAUAUUGAAAACAGAGGAGGAAGGAGACUCAGGGGUAAAUAAAGCUAACGAACAAAAGAAUUUUAAAAGUUGAGAGUUGGUAUAGGCCUACCAUUUAUCAAACAGUUUAUUGGUAAAAUCAAUUUGAGAAAAGCUGAAAUAUCAUUUAGUAAACAGUUUGUUGAUAAAUAAAAGUCGAUAAAAGCGGAUAUAUCAUUUACUGAACAGUUGAUCGGUUAAAUAAAAAUUGAGAAAGCUGAUAUAUCAUUUAGUAAACAGUUUAUUGGUUUUAAAAAGUUGUAAAGAGCCGAUAUACCAUUUACCAAACAGUUUAUUGAUUUUAAAAAAAAUUGAUAAAAGCUGAUAUACCUUUACCAAACAGUUUAUUGAUAAAAAAAAAGUUGAUAAAAGCUGAUAUACGAUUUACUAAACAGUUUAUUUGUAUUUUAAAGGUGACGGUAAGCUUGAUUUCAGCGAGUUUGUCAGCUUCAUGAAGAAGUACAUGAAGACCAGUGGCGACAACGGCUCUCUCUCUAUGUUCUUCCACUUUGACCGUGACGGAGAUGGGUACAUCACGCCUCACGAGUUCAGG